ACCACGUGACGCGGGAGGCGCCGGAGGCGGUGGGGCUCACGCGGGCGGAGCGGCCCGGGCGCUGAGUGAGGUGGGGGCUGCUGGGUGAGGUUUCCCAGCGGGUCCCGGUCUCCGCGUGCCCGCGCCCGCCUGCUCGCGCUCGCGAUCCAGGGCGCUGCUGGAAAGGAAUAAUGCUGUCAGCAUGUCUGCACACUCCAUGCUCUGUGAACGAAUCGCCAUAGCCAAGGAACUGAUUAAGAGAGCAGAAUCACUUUCAAGAUCAAGAAAAGGUGGUAUAGAAGGUGGCGCAAAGCUGUGCAGCAAAUUGAAGGCAGAAUUAAAAUUCUUACAGAAAGUAGAAGCUGGGAAAGUAGCUAUUAAAGAAUCCCAUUUGCAAAGCACAAAUCUAACACAUCUGAGAGCUAUUGUGGAAUCAGCAGAAAAUCUGGAAGAAGUUGUUAGUGUUCUCCAUGUCUUUGGUUACACAGAUACCUUGGGAGAAAAGCAGACGCUGGUAGUGGAUGUAGUUGCAAAUGGUGGUCAUACUUGGGUGAAAGCCAUUGGCCGGAAGGCUGAAGCACUGCAUAACAUCUGGCUGGGCAGGGGCCAGUAUGGGGACAAAAGCAUCAUUGAGCAGGCUGAAGACUUUCUCCAGGCCAGUCUCCAGCAGCCAGUGCAGUAUAGCAACCCUCACAUCAUCUUUGCAUUUUACAACAGUGUCUCAAGCCCCAUGGCAGAGAAACUGAAAGAAAUGGGCAUAUCUGUGAGAGGAGACAUAGUAGCAGUCAACUCUCUGUUAGAUCACCCUGAGGAGCUCCAACUAAGUGAGAGUGAAUCCGAUGAUGAGGGCCCGGAACUUCUGCAGGUGACCAGAGUAGACCGGCAAAAUAUACUAGCAAGUGUUGCAUUUCCAACAGAGAUUAAGGUCGAUGUGUGUAAAAGAGUAAAUCUGGACAUUACUACUUUAAUCACAUAUGUAUCUGCCCUCAGCUAUGGAGGCUGCCGCUUUAUCUUCAAAGAAAAAGUGCUCACAGAACAAGCAGAGCAAGAGAGGAAAGAGCAGGUUCUACCUCAGCUGGAGGCAUUCAUGAAGGACAAGGAGUUGUUUGCUUGUGAAUCUGCUGUCAAGGAUUUUCAGUCUAUUCUAGAUACUUUAGGAGGACCUGGGGAGAGAGAGAGAGCCACUAUGCUCAUUAAGCGAAUUAACGUGGUACCAGACCAGCCUUCUGAGCGUGCCUUGAGACUAGUGGCAAGUUCAAAAAUUAAUAGCCGUUCGUUAACAAUUUUUGGGACAGGAGACACCCUAAAAGCCAUCACAAUGACUGCCAACAGUGGUUUUGUUAGGGCUGCAAACAACCAAGGUGUUAAAUUUAGUGUGUUUAUCCAUCAGCCCAGAGCACUUACUGAGAGUAAAGAGGCUCUGGCAACCCCCUUACCAAACAACUACACAAAUGUCGACAGUGAACACUAAUGGUAUCCUUUAAAUAUUGUCAUGGAUAUAAGUUAUUUAUACCAAAGGCUGGGUCUUCUCAUCUAAAUUGCAGCAGGGGAGGUCUAUAGUAAAAAGAAUACUUAGAACUCAAACCAGUAAAAAAAAAUUUGUGUGUCUCAUCUGUAUUUAAAGUAUAUAAUCACCUAAAGUAGAAAAAACACAAGAAACAACCUUAUUUAUCAACUGUCUACAUUAUAGAAAUUAAGAACAAACACACCUAUAUAAAGCUUUUAGCUGUCUCGUAAUACUUCUGUUUGAUUCAGUAGGGCUGCAACUUCCCUACUAGUAAUCACAUCUCAUGGAAUAUGGCCACACUGCAUCUGCAUUCAUUAAAUAUCUAGAGAAAACUCUGA